CACUACACAACAACAUGAGCAGCUCUGUGACGUCUGAAGAGGUGACGGCGAAGUCGUGACCUGACCCGGUCUUUGUUUCGAUCGCGUCUCAUAGUUAACAUCCACAGACCGGCUGCGGCCGCUCCGCGCGCACUGCUGCGCUUUGAAGCCUCGGAACUACAAGAGAAAAAGGCGCGUGGUCGCUGUGGCAGGGAUGAAGCUCGAGCUCACCUUCACCUGCCGGGCUCUGCUCGUCUUCCUGCUCCCAGGGUCGCUUCAGACCGACAGAACAGCGCCUUUCCUGAUCACAGAAAACAUGUGGCCCCGUGGUUGUGUCCUGGACUGUCAGAGGGGGCGCCACAGAGCCGUGUGUGGCAGCAAUGGCAGGUUGUAUAAAUCGCUGUGUGCCUUCCAGAGGGCACAGUGCAUCAACACACAGCUACGUCUCGCUCCACGAGCUCACUGCUCAGAUCUGAGCCUGUCCAAAUGCCAGCUGGCUCGGGCUCAGGCCCUGGAGGCCAACGCCCACAGUGGUGGCAGCCAUGUCAGUCCUGCAGCUGCAAUGUUUGUGCCACGGUGCCAUCAAGACGGUCACUUCCUGCCAGUGCAAUGCCACAACCAGACCGGAUACUGUUGGUGCUCCACACCAGACGGCAAACCCCUCAGUGGGACCUCAGUCCUCCAUCUGAUCCCCAAUUGCACUGAUCACAUCACCAAGUUGGCUCAGACCACUGAUGCAGAUUCAACUGCAAUCAAAGAUGAAGUUGGUGAACCUGGGCCGACGUUGGACCCCAGAAAAUCUGCAGAGCUGACAGCUCCUCCUAUUUGGGUGACCAUUCUGAUGAACUCUGUCAGACGACCCACUGACAGUCCUCAGACAUGUGAGCGUGAGCGAGCAUCACUGCUCUCUCAGAUGCAUUCAGCCUGGCAGGAAGAGCGUUUUAUCCCAGAAUGCACUGCAGACGGACGCUACAGCCCUGUGCAGUGUCACACUGCUACAGGUUACUGCUGGUGUGUCAGGGUUGAUAGCGGCAGGCCUCUAUCAGGCACCUCUGCAAGGAAUCGUAUCCCUGACUGCACAGGGGCAGAGGAGGAUCCAGACAGAGCAGACAGGAGGCUCAGGGAAAAACCUCUGCCUGGGUGUCCUGGAGCCCGUAAGGACCAGUUCCUACAGAGUCUGGUCAGAGCUCUGCAGCUGGAGGCAGAGCAUGCUGGGAGUCCCUACAGGUCUCCAAACACACCUCCUUCCAAUGCUCCUUCUCCAUUUUCAAACACUCCAACCUCCACCACUCCUUCCUCAUCUUCCUCCUCCUCCUCCUCACCUCUGAACGUUGCUCCCUCUACUACUCUGGAGGCCGUGGACUCCUCUAGACCAGAGGAGGUGUUGCAGUGGCAUUUCAGUCAGCUGGACGUGGACUCCAGCGGGGUGCUGAGUGAGCGUGAGGCUCGACCCCUUCGUCAGUUCCUGCGACGAAGGUUGAAGCCGCGACGGUGCGCCAAGAAGUUCGCUCAGUACUGUGACAGAGACGGAGACCGAGGCCUGACGCUGGAGGAGCUGAGAGUCUGCCUGGGACUCUGAAGUCAAAACCUCAGAGAGCAACAAGGGCAAUCACCUGAUGCCAAAGGCCAACCUGUUUCCUGUCGUCUUCCAGGGUUCUAUUUAUUCAUUCAUGCCAUCAUGGACAUGUCAUUACAUCCUUUUUUUCCCAACUCUGAUUAAAAGACAAAACAUUAUGCUCAUCCAUCAUCCUCAUUCUCAUCAGCUCUUCAGGAUAUAUUAUUUGUCCUUAUCAUUUUUACCAGAAUUCUCAACAGACAUAAAAAAAAUUUAAAUAAAAAUUGAAUUAAACAUAAUUCACAAGUUUUUAUUUCACAUGUUCAUCGGUUCAAUAUUUGUUAUUGAUUUUGGACUGAAUCUGUUCUCCCUAAUCUCUUAUCUCCCUUUCCAAACAUCCUCACCUUCUGCCCUUCCCUUCUUCUCUUAUCCCAGCCUGCUUUGUUCCCUGCCUCCUUCCUAUAAUCCUUUCUUCUACUUUCUUCUCUGUUUGGUACAUAUUUUGCUUUCCCGUAUUUUGCAAAUGUAUUGCCAAUAUAGUGAUGUAACAUAUCAUAUAUUUUAGAUCAUUUCAGUCUGCAGCACUUUCAAAGACACUUCAGUGUUUGUUGAUUGAUUGUGACUUGAAA